UCAAAAACCCGAGCGGAGCCGGGCGGGCCGCUAGUCGUUAAAUAAAUGUAUUGUCUAUGGUCUAAAUAUAAAUGAUUCUUGGAUUACGGAUGCUCUAAAAGUAUUUAUAAUUGCAUUAUUCGUAGGAAGUGUAAGUAUUAAUGAGACACAUUCGUUGCCAGUCAAUCUGCAUCGAGCAAAGCGCCGCAGUUUAUGUUAGUAUUGUUAGUCUCCUUCUAGUCAAGGAGGUUUGGUGUUUACAAAAUAAAUAUGAGUACAGUUUCAAAACGGCCUAACGUUAAACUAGCAAAACUGUUUUACAAAUAUGCAGACGAAUGUAAAAAAGAAGAAAUAAAAACCGAAAUGACGCAAGAAAAAAAGGAAUAUGAGUGUUAUCCGCCAUACAAUUUUUCUUGGUUCGUUGAGAAUAAAAUAGCGGCAAUGGGCUGGCCGCAAACCGUUGAAAAUUUGAAUUAUUUAGUCGAGGUGGGAAUUGAUCAUUUGAUUACACUGUCCCCAGAGAAAUUACCGCCCAUCUUAGAUUGUGAAAGAAAAUUGAGGUGGUCCGAAAUUAGAAUUAAAGAGUUCGGUGCUCCAUCUUUGAAGCAAAUUUUGAAGUUUAUUGCACUGUGCGAACGAGCGGAAAUGAGAGGGGAGGUUUUAGGUGUCCAUUGUCGGCAUGGUCGUGGGCGCACGGGUACUAUGCUGGCGUGCUAUCUCGUUCACUUCAAGCGAAUGGCGCCAGAACGAGCUAUUCUCACGGUUAGAUUGCAGAGACCAGGGUCAUGUGAAACCUACGAGCAAGAAAAAGCAGUCUGUCACUACCAUGACUGCGAGAGAGGCACUAUAACAAAACCUGACUAUCAGAUGGUGGACAGCAAGCUUUAUUUCGAUUUUUCUAUGAAAUAUAUGUUUGAUGAUGACGAGACUCCAAAGCACGAGGGUAACCUGACCGACGAAACCACUGAGGAAACCAAAAUAGUGUGCAAAGACCAAACCGUGAAGAUUAAGCUACCCAAGAAAAAAUCUAAGGCUAUGGUUAUCAAUCAUAAAAUUUAUUUUUAGCUUCACUUUUGGCUGUAAGGCUUAGUUGACCUUUGACUUUUUUUUCAUUUUUAAUUCCACAGACUAACUUACCGCCACCUUUUUUUUAUUUGCUGUAAACGGUGAACGAGGCCUUUUGAUUAAUUCGAAAUUUCGCCCGGCUCCGUUACUGAUACGCUACGACAUGCCCUUUUCGUGUAUAAUUCCGACAAAACGUUAUUUCACAAUUUAUAUUCGUUGGCAAGAAAUUUCACACCGAAUUUGUAGUAUAGCACUGAAACACCGCAACGUGUUCUUUAAUAGUGUUCGUAUUCUUUAGUGUAAGCCGCGCCAAUAAAACGGCAUCGAAAAUGGCGUCUAUGUACCUGCACUGACAGAUGGUAGGAUCAAGAAAUAAAAAGAA